GAUACCUACAUAAAAUCUCCUAACUGAAGAUUGAAUAACUAUCUAAAUCUAUCUAAACUAAGUUUAUGAUUUUUUUAAAUUAUAGUCAUGACAGAUUCGUUGUACAAAUAAAAAAGUGAAAAAUAAAACAAAACACUGAAUACCAUAGUAUACAGUCACCACCGAAGGAGUUGUCAAAUAAUACCGUCCCGCGACCCACGUUUGUUCAUCCCUGGGUCUGUUUUAUUAUUUUUGACGUAUCCGACGUCCGGCCUUAUCAAGAUUGUGUUAUUGAGUACUCAGUCGCCGAUGCAACCACUCUGACAGUUUAUUUUCUAUUGUGAACUUUUAUAAAUAAUUAAGUGCAGUUGUCGCUGAGUGUACCCUUGGAAACAAAUGGAUGAACAAAGCUCAUCAACACUUGACGCGGAAGCCGCUGCAAACCGAAAUGGGGAUACUACAGAUGACGCAGAAAACAGAAAUGGCAACACAAAGAUACUGCGACGGAUGGACACAGUGCCAGAUAUUAAGAGAGAUACAUCUGGAAUCACCACACAAUAUAUUGCUACCGGGAUAGUGAAUCUUGGUGCUUUUGCCGCUGGUGUCUGCGUAGCUUGGUCAUCAUCAGCGCUGCCAUUACUGACGACGGGAUCCUUAGAGCCUCCGUCGCCGACCCGAGACGUAAUUGCCGUAGAAAACUCUACACCAAGUAUACUCAGCCCACACAACAAACUUACGCUGACAGAAUCUGAAGCAUCAUGGGUGGCAUCUCUGCUCUGUCUUGGUGCACUCUGGGGCGCGGGGCCAGCUGGCCUCAUUUCCGAGUACUUCGGCAGAAAGAAAACUUUACUAUACCUGGCAUUACCCCUGGUCGUAUCCUGGAUACUCGUCGCUUCUAGUCCGAACGUGUAUGGUCUAUACGUUGGACGUUUUGUCGGCGGAAUGGCGUUGGGAGCGUUCAGUGUUGGUAUACCUCCUUACAUAGAAGAUAUAGCUGAGAAACAAAUAUUGCCAACACUCGCCAACUUUUACCAUGUUCACUUCAGCUGUGGAGUUCUUUUUGGAUACAUUAUUGGAUUGGUCGAAAACACAUCCUGGUUGACAGUUUUAUGUGCUAGUGUACCAACAGCCUUUUUCAUCGCUUUCAUCUUCCUGCCAGAAUCUCCUGCCUACCUUAUGUCUCAAGGAAAAUAUCAUCAAGCCUUAGCCGCCUUGCGUUAUUUCAGAGGAAUUGAUAAUGACAUCGACUCAGAAAUUAAAGCUUUGAAAGAGCGAAUUAGAAAUUCCGCAAAAAUCAAAGUUACGUUCAAGGAACUUUUUGGAACCAGAUCUAAUGUUAAGGCUCUCAUCGUCUCUUUUGGACUUAUGGUGUUCCAACAGAUGAGCGGAAUAUUUCCCGUUCUGUUCUAUGCCAAAACUAUUUUUGAGAAAUUUGCCAUUUCAUUGAAUCCUCCUAGUGCAGCUAUAAUUUUAGGCUUCUGUUUGGUUUCGUCUACUUACUUUUCUACCAUGCUUUUGAAGGUAGUCAGAAGACGAGUACUGCUCAUGGUGUCGUUUGCAGCAAUGGCUGUUAAUUUAUCUUGCUUAGGUAUCUAUUACCACUUGAAAGCAUCAAAUCUAUCACCAAGCAGUACGUGGGUCCCACUCUUCACUUUAUGCUUAUUCGUGAGUUUCUAUGCUUCUGGUGUUGGUCCGAUUCCUUGGUUGAUGCUACGAGAAAUAUUUCCCCCGCACAUGACUCGAAGAGCGACUGCCUUAACAGCUGGUUUUCAUUGGUUUUUGGCUUUCGGUGUAACCAAAUUAUACCAGAAUUUGGUAGACAUGGUAAAGCCCGGUUGGACGUUAUGGGCUUUUGCCAUAACGUGUAUCAUUGGGAUCAUAUUUGUCUACUUCUUUGUACCGGAGACGAAGGACCGGACGUUGCAAGAGAUACAAAAUGAGUUUGAAGGAAUCCAUAAGAAGAGAAAACAUAGACAUGUAAUAGAAGUGGAAAGUGUUUCGGAAGCUUAGAUCAAGACUGUUAGGAUUUGGAAAUUUUGACACUUAGGCAUCCAAAUCCAAGUAAUACGUAAGGUUUGACGCUCAUUAAUUUAUGACAUUAGUUAGCACUCACAUAAUAUAGACAUAAAAUACAUCUUCGAGUGAAUGUAUCGAUUAUGGAAUAUGUAAAUUAUUUAUCUAACAUACGGGAUAUGCAAAA